AACUGGGGAUGUCCCUUUCACUCUACCUCUGCCAAAAUAUCUCUGCCGAAUUAACUUAACAAACACUACUAACAUUAAGAAGAAGGUCCAGAGACGCAUCCGCUUUGUUUUCCUAUAAAUAUUGGUAUUAGCGCCUCCUUUUGAAUCACACUCAUCUUGAUUCGUCUGAGUCUACAUCUGACUGAUCAGCAUCACAGUCAUCUUGAACAGACAAAUUGAAAAAAUCGUCGUACGCUCUUCACUCGUCAACAACGAGCUGCACGUACUGAACCGAGCCAUGAACCGACUGUUUCUAGCCUGCGUGUUCCUGGUGGCUGCCAUCGCCGCGGUGAGCGCCAGCUGUUCUCCAGGCUAUACUCAGCGUGCGGGAGGCAACUGCUACAAGCUGUGGAGCACGAAACGCGAAUGGUGGGUUUACGCCGACCACGUCUGCAGAGCCGAGGGAGCCUGGCUGGCCACCAUCAGAAACACGGCGGAUAGUGUGUGGGUCAACAACUUCUUCAUAACCAACAGGGGCCACCACUGUAAUUUGGAUUGGUAUUGGAUCGGAGCCAAUGAUCUGGCACGGGAGGGACGCUGGAGAUGGGCGGAGGAUGGCAGCGAACUCAGCUAUUUCAACUGGCUGCGUGGUGAGCCAAACAACAUGGAUAAUGAGGACGUGGUGCAGGUCAACAGCAACAAUCGCAAGUGGAAUGACAAUGAAGUGACCCACACCUACCAACUGUGCUACGUCUGCGAGAAGAAUCCAAUAUAGGGAACGAUAAUUGCUAGAGGCCGAACAAUUGGUAUUGCUUAAUUAAUUUGAAUUAUACAAAUUUGCUAACGAAUUAGCUUUUGUCACUGCACGCAAACUUAGUGAGAGAAUCUCCUCACCAAAUGAAUCUGAAAAAGAGUUUCCAUAACUGUGGUAAGGGAAAAUCUAUCAACUGUGCGUGAAUGUCUUUCUGUCAGCGACCACAUGAGGGCGCUGACAUCAAGUUUUGUUAAAAAUAGUGCGAGUGUUUAUAAUUUCUGUUAUUGUUCCUACAUGAAGGAUGAUGUCAUUACAAGUAACGGCAAUGUUAAAUCAAUCUUUCGUGUCACUUCAGUUGAUUUCACUGUGACGUAAGUUUUAAUCAAAACGUAUGGCACGGUGUCGAAAACGUGUUCCAACUAUGAAAGAACAAAAUGGCGCAUUGUCUUGUGUAAUGCUUUCACAUAAAAGUGAAACAAUGAGAUUUCUCCAAUAUCGUACUAGACAUUUCUCUAUUUCCCAGUGAUUGUAAAUCUCAUGCGGUACUAAGACAGACCUAAUUCCGGGUGGAAUUACGAACAUCAAAAAUUUUGUCAGUAUUUCUGUCCAAAUAAUUUUUUUUGACUCGCGCUUAAGCUAUCCACAUGGGCGUCGCCAGGAUUUUUUUCUAGAGUGGGUAAAAC